AUGGUGCUGUUGUGGAUUCUCACCUUUUUAGCUUUAUUGAAUGCUCAACAAGUACUAGAAGAUGGCCAAUCUAUUGAAGGACAUAUACAAAACCCUAAUGGCGGAGAGCUUUUUUACCAAUUCCAUAUAGGUGCGAAAACAUCAAAAAAUCUCAGCAUUGUGUUGACGACUUUUUCUGACUGAUCUGAUCCCGAUAUUUACGUCAAAAAAGGAAAAAAGCCUACAAAGUCAGACUAUGACUGGGAAAGUGCCACUAGUGGAACUGAGUCUUUGGUGAUCCCAGAUAAGCAAUUAUCAAGUAAUUCUGAUUAUUUUAUUUUAGUUUCAUGCCAACAUUUCUGCAGAUAUGUCAUCACUCUUUCCUAUACUAAAGAAAUAAAUUUGGUCCCUGGGAUACCACAAACUAAUUAUCUGGAAGCUGGGUAUCAGGUUCUUUAUAAGUUUGAAACAAGGGAAGAGUUUAAAGAGGUUGAAAUCACCGCUUCAGUUGGAUUUGGAAAAUUUGAUAUGUUUGUAAGCGAAGGCGAUAUAGAGCCUGGACCUGAAAAUACGCUGAUAGUUGAUGAUAAUUCUCAUAUGGGAAAAAGCUUUUUUGUCGAAAAUUUCAAAGCUGGAGCAAUCUACAAAAUUGCGAUCGUUGCUUUAAAUAACACUGAAUAUACCAUAAUUUCAAGUGUAGGAAAAGAUUCCGUGAUGCAGCUGAGAGCUUCUGUAUCUGUUUUAGGAAUGCUAGAAGGGGAAAAUCAAUGCAACUACUAUUCAAUUUUUGUAGAUCAUGGAGAAGAAACACUAGUAAUCAAUCUCACUCCAUUUUAUGGGCUUCCUGAUAUAUUUGUUAAAGUUGGGAAAAAGCCAAGCACAAUAGAGUAUGACUAUUUUAUGAAGUCUUUAAACACCCACGAGCUGAAGAUUACAAAAGCUGAUAGAGAAAGGAAGAAUCAGCCUAUUGGGUUUUAUUAUAUUGGGAUUUGUUCAGCUAUUCACUCUUCAUAUUCUCUUUGUGCAUCAAUGAACCAAAAUAGUACCACCAAAUUAGCUAUGGGGAUUCCUAGUAUUGGAGCAGUUGAAUAUCAAAAAAUCAGUUAUUUUUAUAUUGAAUUUUCGACCGAUAAAGCAGCUGAUUUCUCAAUUCAUUUGACGCCUACAAUAGGAAGUGCGGAUUUAUAUGCAAAAUUGUGUAGUACACAGUCAUGCGAAAUAACGCUUGAGCAAAUCAAUAGCAAUGAUAAAUCUCUUAUUAAAUCCAAGCAUAAUGGAAGUGUCCAAGUUAUUGAUAUUUCUACUGAAAAUGUUUCUGGAAUUACAACAAAAUAUCUUGUUGGAGUUAUAGGGAGCACACUAGGAAAUAAUUAUUUUAGCUUGAUUGCCAAUUUUAUUGAUUCAGAAACUUUAUUAUUAGAUGGACAGCCUUUGCAGUCAUCAAUUCCUAGCCAGGGAUAUCAGUAUUUUAAAUAUGAACUCAUUAAUCCAAAUGCAGAGGAAUUAAAAAUUUCUUUGACUCCAAUUGCAGGCAAUCCAGAUUUAUAUUUAUCAAAACUGUCAAAACCAAGCAUUUUUGACUACGAAAAAUCAUCGAAUAAAAAGAAGCAUGAAGUUGACCAAGUCAGCUAUACAAAAGGAAGUCAAGAUGGUGAGGAUUUAUCUGGGACAUACCACAUUGCUGUCUAUUCCAAAAGAUCGUCAACUUUUACGAUUUUAGUUAAAGAAGACAUUAAAAAUACUGAAUCUUUUGUCCAGCUCGUGUCUGGUAUUCCACAAAGAAAUAAUUUGUCAAGUCGCGAUUAUUGUAUUUACUACUUCACAAUUAAUUUUUCAAAUGAAAAUAAAGAAUCUCUAGGGAUUUAUUUAACGCCAAUUACUGGGAAAUAUACAAUCUACAUCAAAAAUAAAGGCCCAGUUACAGAUUGAAGGGAUAUCGAGACACAAUACAGCUGAAAAACUGGCUGAAGUACCUCAAACCAAAUAUCUUCUAUAUCAAUUGAUAAAGACGAUGAAAACUAUCUCUUGUCAUCUAUUUAUUAUGUCUUAGUAAUGGCAACUGAAAUUCCAAAAGACGAAUCACCGAUUUAUUCAAUUCUAUUUACAACAGAAAAUUCGCCAGUUUUAUUAACAGAAAAUAUCCCUAUUGAUGGCGAAGUUAAAGAGAAGCAUUACAAAUAUUACACUUUUCCCAUUUAUUUAUCCCAUGAAGAUGUAACUAUUUCUCUAAAUGCGAUGUCUGGAGAUCCUGAUUUGUAUAUUUCAGCUGAUGAAAACAAUAAAAAGCCUACGAAAGAAAACAAGAAUUUUGAGUCACAAUAUUAUGGAAGUGAAAUUGUAUAGCGCAUUGCCCAAAUUUUUGGAGGCCUCUGACAUGUUGAGAUAUCCUCCACAUGUCAGAAAUAUUUCCACAUGUGAAGCCACUAUAUUUCUGUGAUUUCACAUGUGGAAGUAUUUCUGGCAUGUGGAGGAUAUCUCCACAUGGCAGAGAUUUCCCAAAAUUUGGGCAAGGCACUAUAACUUUAUCCUGGAAUAAUGAUUUAAAAAGAUUAUGUCCUAGUCUUCCUGAUGAUUAUAAGCAUGGCAACCAAACGCAUUGCUCCAUUUAUAUUGGGGUUUACGGGUCGACUUCUUCUCGAUAUACAAUAAGGGUCCAUACAAAAAAUUCAGCAGUUAGGCAGCUGAUGUUGUCAAGCCCAGAGACGAGCUAUUUGAAUAAAACUGAAGAUGAUUAUUAUUUUGUAAUUUUUGAUUCUUCUAAGCCUUUAAAAAUUACUAUACAAUCUUCUAUUGGCGACGCUGAUAUAUUUGCUAAUAUCUAUAGUUCAGGGUCAUUUGAUACAGAAGUCUCUCAAUGGCCAGUGCCAUCAAGAACAAAUAGCACUUUCCAGUCUUUAUCUUCAAUAAUGACUGAUGAAAUCUCAUUGAUUCCAAGCCAAUAUGUAAAAACCUGCAGCAACACGAAUUGCAUCGCCAUCAUUACUGUCAAUUGUUUUUCUGAUACUUGCAAGUAUAGCCCCUGAAAUAUUUUAGAUCAUUAUUGGCUAUCCAUUUUAAUUUCCAAAAUUAAUUUGUACUUGUCAGCUUUUUUUAAAAAGUAAAAACGAAAAUGACAAGUCUCCUUUUAUGGUUUUAAGGUACCUAAUCAGACUUAUACUGUAUAAGGCAGGUGCCCUGUACCAUAUUUUUUCUGGUCGGUAUUCUGCUGGGGUAUAGAGAUCUAUUAAGAUGCAUGAGUUAUAUUCUAUAAUAACUCAGCAGGAUGACAUAGCACCUUUAAUUCCCCCCCCCAUUUAAUAACGAACAAAACCGUCAUUUUUUUUUCCUAAAAAUUUUUUCUUAGGCCCCAUUUAAUAACGAACAAAAUUUACUAUAGCAUUAUAUAAGCUAAUUUAGUCUCUACAGUUUACUAAUUUUAAGUAGUUAGAGUAAGAUAAGGACAAGUAUAAUCGAGCAAAGAAUAAUAAAUAAGAGCUAAUAAGCUACUAGUGGCUUAAUCUUAAGCUGGCUCUUACUCCCCCUCUCCGUGAGCGAAUAAAAAAAAUUUUGUUCGCUCACGGAGGGGGGUUUAUUUUUUUUUAUAAAAAAAUUUAUAUAUAAAUUUUAUAGAAAAUUUGUUUUUUUUUCGAAAUUUUAAAAAAAUCCUAAUUUGCAGAAAUUGGAAAGCAAAUAUUAAUUUAAUUUAUAAAAUUUAUAUUUUAAAACGCAGUUUAUUUAAAAUUAAACAGAAUUAGCCAGAGAUUUUCAUUAUAAUAAUUACCGUUUAUAUAUCAAAAUUUUUUCCAUAAUAAAUUUUCGGAAUUUUAAAAAAAAAACUAAGUUGCAAAAAAUUGGGAAGCAAAUAUUAAUUUAAUUUAUAAAAUUUAUGUUUUAAAACGCAAUUUGUUUAAAAUUAAACAGAAUUAGCUCUAGAUUUCAUUAUAAUAAUUAUCGCUUAUAUAUCAGAAUUUUUCCAUAAAAAUUUUUGUUCGCUCAUAGAAGGUGAGCGAUUUUUCUAAUGAUUUUAUUAGACCACUGAGUAUGGGGGAGUUAGCAAUAGUUAUCUUUUCGCCUGCAUUUAGGCGAUUUCUCUUUCUGUUGUCAUCAUUUGACUCCUUUUAUUAUUAAUCCUUUGAUUGAAAAUCUUAUAUAAAAAUCAUAGAUAUUUAAUGUAAAUUUUAUAUAUUUUUUUUACCAAAAAUUUUAUAUAAAUUAUACCCCAUUUAAUAACGAACAAAAAAAAGUUCGUUAUUAAAUGGGGGGGGAGAGUAAGCGAAAAUACCCCUACUUAUGGAUUUGUUGAGAAGGAUAGUUACAAAGUUUUUUCAUUCUAUUGCAGCAAUAAUGCUUCUGAGCUAAUGAUAACAUUAACUUCAUUUUCAGAAGAGUUCCCUAAUAUGUAUGUAUCUAGAGGGGCCAUGCCAACUAUGAGUGUCUAUGAUUGAAUUGCGAAAAAAGACCAAGAAAGCAUUUUAAGAAUUUCAUCAAACGACCCCAAAUUAAGAAGAGGCAUGACUGGGACAUUCUUUAUAGCAAUUUAUGGAGAAACUGCCUCAUCUUUUUCAAUUAUCAUUCAUAGUGGAAAUCAAAAUCUGACAUGACUGCAUAGUGGAACGCCACAAUAUGGAAGUCUAAAUAAAGGAUCAAAAACUUAUUAUUUAUUUAACAGUGAAGUAAAAAGCGAUAUUUCUAUAAGUUUAGCUCCAUAUUAUGGCAAUCCAGCAAUUCUUGUAUACACUUAUUCUGGGGCUGAUGAUGUUGGCACUGUAAUAGAUAAACUCAAAAAUUAUAUUUGGUCCUCAAAUUCAAGCCCAGAUAAAUAUAGCAUACAAAUUUCAAAAAAUGAUCCAAAUUUCUGUAUUAAUUGCGUCUUUAUUAUAGAAGCAAGUACAAGUCAAAAUUCUUCGUCAUCAUUCACCAUAACUGUUACAAAUAGUCAAGAUACGAUAAUUCUACCAAAUGGUAUUCCAUAUAAAAAUUCUUGUCAAAAAGAUGAAAUCCAGGUUUAUACUUUCCUUGUUUCAUCUUCAUCAGAUAUUGAUUUCUCUAUAACUUCAUAUAUGGGUGAUACAGACAUUUAUAUUGGUACUGUGAAAAAUACAAGCGAUAAAAAUUUCAACUGGACUGCACUUUCUCAUGACAAAAUUGAUCAUCUAACUUCUUCUGUAAUCUAGCAAGAUUUUAUUGCCUGAUAAGGAUAUAAUAUUAAUUUUCGCAUUUUAUAUACUUUUGAACUUUGAAAAGCUUCAAUUUAUUAAGAUUAAGAAAUUAAUUAAUGAAAUAAUGCAUAAAUAAAAUUACUUAAGAGAGAAUUCCUAAAAUAAACAGGUUUUCUCUUAGGAAAGGGUAAGAAUUCGCUCAGAUGACAAAAAGUUCAAGAUUGGAACUUUUUAUAUUUAUGUAAAAGGUGUAGAAGACGGAAUCUACACAAUUACUGCUCAUUUAAGAAAUAGUUAUGCAAGGCUGAUGGAUGGCAGACCUAUGGUUUAUAGGCUUCAGUAUAGUCCAUUUGAUCAUAUAUACUUUGAUUUCGAAUCAGGUUAGUUAACCCACGGGGUGCGCUUCUCAACCUUUAUUCGUUUUUGAACGGCCUGCUGCCACCUCUAGGGAUAAAUUCCUCAUCGCCUGAAGCUCUGGUCUAACAUCGAGUGAAGUGGGCUGGAUCACCAUGCCAUACGUCAUACUCCAGAAAAUUCAAAAAUGAAUUUCUAGUCAAGCUAUCGAUCAAGUUGAAAUUCAUCGCCCAGAGCACAACGCCUAGUAUCGCACUAGAAAUUGUCCAAUUAGUCACGUAGACUUUGUAGACUUUCCCUUUCCAAUGCCGAACCCGUCUCUGCCAAGAGGCAAAACCUUGAUCCGAAUGAGCUGCGGAAUGCCUAAUUCAACCUUGCGCUCCAUCCAAACCAAGUAAAACCUGGUCAGAUAUACAUCAGAGCGCUAUCCUCUAUUCCACAAAAUCCUUGGUUCCCAGCUCCAGGUGUUAAGAGGUGGGUUUGCUCACCACACAUUUUAAUAUAUUGAUUUCGAAUCAGGUAUUUCUCGUAAUUUCUCAGGCCCAGUUCAUUGCCAAUUAACUUCUCUUUCAAAAGAUUUUUUCCCUCAAGCUUAUGUAGACUUUCAGCGUUAUGAUAAACCUAGGCCUCCUCCUUCAGAAGAAAAAUCAAACUUCAAAUUCCAAAAAAAUAACUAUGAUUUUGCUUUUAAUUCUUUAUCAAUGAUUUUCCGUGAAACUGGCAUCCCUGGGAAGCUAAAUUUUAUGAUAUCUGGCUCUGCAUCAGAAAGAUAUAGCCAAGAAGAAAGUGGGGACUUUGAAUUUUAUUGUUCAGAAAGCAUUAUUCCGACCAUGCUGGCAGUAGGCUCAGAAAAUUAUGAUUCUAUUGACUUACUCCCCUCCUCCAUGAGCCAAAAAAAAAUUUAUUCGCUCACAAGGGUGUUAAUAUAUGUUUUAAAAAAUUUCCAAUUGAGAAGCAAAAAUUAAUUUAACUUGUUAAAUUUAUAUUUUAGAAUGCAAGCUGUUUAAAAUUCAUCAGAAUUAGAUAGAGAUUUCUUAUAAUAAUUAUCAUUUAUAUAUCAAUUUUUUCCCAUAAAAAAAAAAUUUCUAUUAAAAAAUUUUUGUUUUUGGGUUAAAAUAGGGAUUUUUCUAAUGGUUUUGUUCGUUCAUGAGGGGGAGUUAGGAAUUUUAAGCAAAAGGUAUGAAGUUAAUCUAAAUGAAUUGGGAAGACUUGAAGUGUUUUUAGUUCCUUGUGCUGAGGACUUGAAAUUAGAAAUUUCAUCAAACUGGACGAUUGCAAGCGAUGAGGAUCCAGAGGUAAUCGUUGAGCGAAAAAUGGAUGGAAAAAUAAUUGGGAUGAUAAACAACGCAAAGGGGAGAUAUUUCAUAACAGUUUCUGCUUUGAGUAAAAACGUAGAUAGCACACAAAACUACCAGCUCUCAACUGUAUUUACAAAGCAAGGCCAAAGCGCUCCAAAGUAUAUUGUGCCAGGAAAUAAUGGCUUAAUCAAGUGGGAAAGGCCUGAUAAAUAUCUUGUAGUAGUAUCCUUUGACAGCAUAGAAUAUCAAGAUGGAAGCCCAAUCGAAAAUCCUAACAAUAUUGAGUAUCACGUUUAUUACUCCAAAAUCUCUCCAAAUUUAAUUGAAACCACUUGUGACAUGCAAACUUCACACAAAUUUUCAAAAGCUCAGCAUAGUGGAUAUGUCACAGGGAAAAAUGAAAUAAGGUUUCUUGUAAAAGAAAAGCGCGGCUUUAUCAAUAUUUUAGCUAUAAAUCCUUCACAAGAGCGCAUAUAUUCAAAAUAUGUCUCUUAUGACCCAACUGAAAUUUAUAUUGAGUCAGGACUAGAAGGGGAAGGAGUUGCAAUUUAUAUUUUCUGGGCUGUAUGUGUUCUACUCUGAGCUUCACUUAUGGGCUCUCUUUAUUUUUAUCGGAAAAUGAAGAGGGCAAACAGGAGAUUAGAGUAUGAGAUGGCAGAUGUCAGGAAUAUCGCAUCUGUAUCAUCUGGGAAAAUUCAUGAGAGUGUUCUCUCAGAAAAAAUCCCAUUUUAUAGAGCAGAAAAUAAUUAA